AUGGAUCCGCACCCAUCUCAACUUUCGAACUUUAUUCUCUUUAUGGACCACGACAAUUUGGCCGAUCGUCUAACCGGCACGCCACAAGUUCUGCAGCAGUCUGAGUUGGAGCUGCUUUUGCAGAGGAAGCAGCAAAUACUCCAAAACCAAAGCCACGCGACAAUAGAAGCAAUAUUGAAAGAAAAUGCCACGGCUCCAAUUCACGUUUCUAAUGCCCAAGUCACCAAUGGUCAAGCAUUUCGGGACUCUUUUCUCCAAGCACAACUCAAGCCGCUUUUGAAAUCGGAUCUUACCACGUUACACAAACUAUCUCUCGGAAUAGACGAGGUGAGUCGAAAUUUCACCAACGCUGGAGCGGUGAAAUCCAUCGCCGUUUCGUUGUCUUCUCCCCAUUCGAAUUCGCCCUUUUUGCAGCGCAGAAGACGACCGGGGUAUGAGAUCGUGCCUGUGUUCCACAUAGACCCCGUUUCGAAGUUUUACGCCAAAACAGGAACAAAUAUAGGCAAUGGUGAAGGCGACACAUACAUCCAAUUUCAGCUCCGGAACAUUUUUGGCGGCGGAGAAAGUUUGGUCAUGGACGCCGUUAAGGGAACUCGUACGCCAUCGCUGUAUCUCGUCAACUACUCACAGCCAAUAUGGAACAAUCCCGACUACAUGAGCGACACUCAGGCGUAUAUUCAUACUAGAACCAUGGACUGGAUAGGUGCCAGCACCAAGGUUAGAGGCAUCACCACCAAGAUUUAUACUCAGUUUUUGAAGAGUAAUCACGAAUUGGUGCUAGAAAACUGCUGGAGGUCGCUUUCCAACCAAACUUCCAAGUCGCUAGAAGUUUUGGCCCAGCUGGGUGAAGACUUUAAGACAUCUCUAAUUUACAACUGGAAAUACGAUACCAGGAACAACUUGCAUCUUCCCACCAGUGGACACUACUACCGUCUUGGCUUGGAAUACAGUGGCAUCCUUGCUGUAAAUAAUGUUCGGUACAGCAAAAUUGUCGCCGAGACUCAACAUGCUGUGGAACUCAACGACUCACAUUCAAUAAUUGGAACACUAAAAUCUGGCUUUAUAGCCUCCCGUGGCUCUACAAGCAGCAUAUUGGACCGGUUUUACAUGGGGGGUCCUAAUGAUGUUCGAUCGUUUGUCCACAAUGGCUUGGGUCCCAAACUGUUCGGCUCUAGCAUUGGUGGAGAUUUUUUUGUCAGUGGAGGGUUUUCCUUGGUUUCUCGAUUACCGGCAAAAGCACGAGACAGCAACUUUCGGCUUCAUAGUUUUGUGAAUGCUGGUCACUUGGCACUGAAUUUAAAAACGCUCAAUUGGUUGCAACCGUCGGUUGGUUGCGGAAUCGGUAUACUAUACAACCAUCCCAUGGCUCGGUUUGAGCUUAAUGUGGUGGUUCCUUUGACGGCACACGAGCGGGAUGGACUCCGAAAGGGGAUCCAGUAUGGAAUCGGAAUCUCGUUUUUGUAA